UGGAAUCCCGACCCUGAAGAAGUUACCAUCGGUUUUAUUUACUCAGGAAUAGCAGUAUGUAUCGUACCACUAUACAUUAUUGUUCUCUACGUGAUGCUUACUGACAAGGAGAUCACGUCCAAUCCGCAAUAUCGGCUAAUGAAUCAGAUAAAUCUGGCUGAUUUUGGUCAGGUUAUAUUCCAUACACUUUCCGGCAUCUACAUCAUAUUUCCUCAAAUACAAAAGCAAUAUCAACUCUUAGUUCGAAUAAGUGGUUGCACAGCGAAUUCUUUAUGGUUGGCAAUGUUUCCUGUUAUGAGUGUUCUGUCCAUCAGUAGAAUAUUAGUAAUACAAGAGAUUAUUUCUCCAAAAAACUUUCCCAGUGCACUUAAAGCUCUCAUGGUAACUGGAUGGUUGUAUUCGAUUGGUGUAUGGCUGUGGGGCUGUAGCACGCAGAAUUUCUUUUUAAUAGGUGUCGGAUGGUCGUAUGAUUUUACAAAGUUGGGAGCACCAACUUUGUCUGCUUUGGAGUGGUAUUUGUGUUUUCCCAGUCUGGGAUUAACCUAUAUCGCCUAUCUGGUUAUUGUCAUCCAUGUACAUGCGAGUCCAGAAAUGUUUUUACUAGAAGCUGUAGGCUUCUCCAUAAAAAGAACAGCGCCAAAAUGUUUAAGUUGCAAGAGAAAAAUGAAGCAUCGACUUGAAUGGGGUUAA